GUAAAUCUAAUCAGAAUGUUCCAAUUGCGAAAUGCAAUCAAAAUAAAAUAGUUUAUUACAUUCCUGUACAUUUUUUAUAAUAUAAUAGAUAUAAAUAAGGAAGCGUGGGGAAUUGUUCUUUCUUCAAUAAGGCCAAAUACUCGACACUCGGCUCGCAGCUGGUACGACUGGCCGCGAACUGUGAGUCGAUCAAUACGAGCGUUUGACGUUAUCAUAAUAGCUAUGUAGUGUUUGCAUGCGCGAUGGUCGAUACGGAGACAGUAUACACAUAGCGUUCAAAUGAACACGCCGCGUAUACCACGGAAACGAGUGUAUGAUCCGUGAAAUGUGAAAACAAUGCCGCUACCUGAACUCAUUAAGAGAGCGUCCAGUUAUUUCCUCGGCCUAGAGUUCGACGAGGAGCCGCCCGAUUACGUCGACAAUGAGAUCCUCUUUUGCAAGAAUAACGUGUGCGUUCAUCCGCCAACCAUAGCAAGACAUGAAUUGGAUAUUGUCCACCAUCCAGGCUAUUUAACAAUAACCACCAAAGUAUUUACAGAUCAACACAACAACUCGAAACGGCCAACGUUAUUCCUUAACUGGAUACCAAAUACAACGUUGCGGAAAUGUCCGUCAGCUGUCGAAACAGGCUCGAGUGAAGACUUGGCUAGCGGAAUCAAUAAACCGUCCCAUCCGAAAGAUAUACCGCAGCUGCCAAGCGGGACGAAAACUCGAAAAUACGACAACGCUUUUUCGGAUUCAUCCGACACGAUCAGUUUAAAUUCUAACUCAGAUAGGCACAGCGUUAAAUCCAGUGAUACAAGAUACACACAAAAUUAUUCGACUCAAGAUCGGUCUUCAAAGCAAACUGUUAAAUCCACAGAUUCAACAAGGGAUAUAAGUUUAAAGAAAGAGGAAUCUCAGCAGAUAUUAGAUUACGAUAGGCACGUUCGAUCGCAGUCUAUGACAUCAGUGAACAUUACAAUUGCGAAUCCGAAUAUCGAGAACGUCGACCUGACCCCUGACUCUGUCACUGGAGGUUGUGUCCGGUCAUUAUCGAUGAGUUCGUGCGACGAGUGUAACCCUAAUUGGAUGAGUACACCGGAGUUUCUUGCACUAAAACAUAAUCUAGUGUUUCCUGACAGUGUUCACAGCUCUCCGGCUCCACAAAGACGGGCUCCGUUAAAAUGCCGAAGAUUUUCAGUGGAUCUAAGUCAAAUGCGUUCGCUGAGGUUAUUCUUCAACGAUGACAGCUGCACCUGCGGGCAGCUGGUAGUAGCCUCCAGGGAGUCGCAGUACAAGAUACUGCACUUCCAUCAUGGCGGACUUGAUCAUUUGGCUCAAGUGCUGCACCGGUGGCAUUCUAUACUGCACAAUAUUAAGUUAACUCCAGGUUCGGAGGAGCCAAACCUACCCUAUAGACAUUUUAUGGUAUGCAGACCAGAAGUACAAAAGUCUGAACAGCAUCCAGAGGAAGGCAAGCUGCCAAAAAUCACACCAGAAUUAUUUUACGGCAAAAUGAUGAACAGCAAAGGAGUUAUAGAAGACGAUCUGUUUCUACGAAAAUGUGUUUUCUUUGGUGGAUUAGAUAAGGAGUUAAGGAGAGAAGUCUGGCCAUUCCUUUUACAUUGCUAUCCAUAUAAUUCUACGUAUGACGAAAGAGAAAUAAUUCUCCAGAUAAGGACGAGGGAAUAUGAGGAUAUAACCAAGCGACGCCUGGAGAGGAUGACUCCAGAACAACACGCCAACUUCUGGAGAACAGUUCAGAGUGUAAUUGAGAAGGAUGUGGUGAGAACGGAUCGUGGCAAUCCAUUUUUUGCUGGAGAGAAUAAUUAUAAUGUGGAAAUAAUGAAAAACAUUCUACUGAAUUAUGCUGUUUACAAUCCAGUACUGAGCUACACUCAAGGAAUGAGCGAUCUAUUGGCACCGGUCCUGUGUGAAAUAAAAUGCGAAGCCGAGGCGUUCUGGUGUUUCGUUGGUCUCAUGCAGAGAGCCAUAUUUGUUUGCACCCCCACCGAUAACGACAUGGAUAAUAACUUGAGUUAUCUUCGCGAGUUAAUAAGGAUAAUGUUGCCACACUUUUACAAACACUUGGAGAAACAUAUCGACGCUAUGGAAUUGUUGUUCUGUCACCGCUGGAUACUGCUGUGCUUCAAACGGGAGUUCACGGAAGCGGUUGCGCUACGCAUGUGGGAGGCCUGUUGGGCCAACUACCAGACUGACUACUUCCACCUGUUCCUCUGUCUGGCCAUUGUCGCGGUCUACGCCGAUGACGUCAUCGCACAAGAUCUUAACACUGACGAAAUGUUGCUGCACUUCAGCUCUUUGGCUAUGUACAUGGAUGGACGACUAAUACUCCGAAAAGCUCGAGGUCUUCUUUAUCAAUUUCGCCAAUUAGUCCGAAUUCCUUGCACUUUAGUGGGAAUGUGCCAACGAUGUGGCCCAGGAAUAUGGGACUCGACUCACCAGCCUAGCGUAGAAUGUACCGGUGAACAUGAUUUUUGUGAAUAUGCUGUGCAAUAACGUACUUAAGAGCGCAGGUUAAAAACGGCGGUUUGUCUGGUAUCGGUCUUAUUAUAUACAGAUACAAAAUGUUUCAUAGACAGGGCUUUUGAAACUUUUGUAAAAUUAUUUAUAAUAAAGCUUUAAAAUAUUUGUUUAUUUUCUAUAGCGCUGUAAAAAACAGGAGAUCUCUACAAAGUUGGUUUAAUUUUCUUAAGGAAGAAAUUACAACCGAGGUUGUAAUAUAAAAAUCUAUUAUUUUGUAUCGACCUAAUUAGAAAUGAAUGAGGUGGUCACCUCAUAAUGAGUAGUUACUGUAGCCCAUGUUCCCUUACAUAACUCUCUUAUACCAGAGAAUGGUAAAGGUGAGUUUCAGAAUGUCAUGAAUUAACUUGUUAUCACGUCUGGGAUUAAAAAAUAUACAUUUAAUUUGUACCAAAAUUUAUGGACGAUGUGGAACUCGAACCCGCGCUUCUUGGGUACUCUUCCGAGCGCUCUACCAACUGAGCCAACCGUUGUAAGAGCGAUCCUAAUAUGCAAUUAUAAGAGUUGAGCAGGUUAUCAACUGUAAAGUAGAUCCUGUAGAUGGAGCCUCAAUCGGAGGGUUGAACAAGACAUACCAGGAUUUACGGUCGAUGCGACUCAAGAUACAUAACAUGAAAAAAAUUACAAUACAAUAUUAUUAUAAUAUUACCAUGAUGUUAUUUUUAAAUAUCUGUUUUAUAUUAGAAUAAACAACAGCGAAUAUUAAUUAUCUAUCUAUUAGGUUUUUAACUGUUGAUUUGUUGUAAUUGUACUUAAAUACGAUUUUCGAAUGUGUAACACUGAUCUAACAUUUCACAGUCAUAUCAAACAUACUGUGUUCAAAGAAAUAAGAAUUCAAUACUUUUGAAAUACAUAAGCAUAAUUUUGUAGUUAGGUAAACAUUAAGUAUGCCGAGUGCGUAUUUUUGCCCAUAUUUAUGCACGAAAAUAGGGAAAUGUUUUUGUAUUUUUAAUAUAAAAUUAUAUAUAUAUAUAUUGUUAUAAGAAGGCGUUAAUACAGGCGCAUGAACAUCCACUUUUAAAGGUCAUGGUGAUUUUAAAGGUACGCUAUGCUAUGGGUCGUUUUAUGAUGACGUGUUACGACUCAGAUCAUAUCUCACUGUUAUGGGAGUACUAGUUACAUUAUUUACUCACAUAAAAAAUGGUUUUCAAUAAAAUUUGAACUGAAAAACACUUCUUACUAGGUUCCAAUAACUACAAGAUCUCCAAUAACACAUAUCGACAGUUGUAUUCCUUCUUAUAAUCACACUGAACAUUCUCAAGGAAUGCUCAGAAACUGAUGAAGCAUACGAUAUACCUACCUCACGACUCAUUAAUAGCUCUAAGGAUUGUUCUCGAAUGAUGUCGAACAAUUCAGUUAAUAAUAUACAAUAAACAAGUAAACAGGUUGUUUAUGUAACAACAAGUUAUCUCAUACUCGACCGUAAUAUCCGAGAUACGGUCGAGAUUCCCUGAAGCCAGUGGGUACGUCGAACUAUAGUAUCGACCUGUAACAGUAGGUAAUAAUCAUUUUCAAAAUACAUACCUAACAUACAAUUUUGCGAAUUUAAAUUAAAACAUAGUAUACGUUUACAUAUUCAUAUAUAACAGGUCUUAUUCUAAUUAAAAAUUACACCUGUACCUUAAGACCUAGGUAUCAUAUAAAUAUCGUAUCGCUUUGUUUUUUUAUUUAUUUUUGUUAUACCUAAGUAUUAUAAAAUGUUCAAAUCAAUUUUAGGAUGAGUCUGUCUGUGUUGCUGUAGGUAGCUCGAUAAGUAUUCGUAUUUAUGUACAAAUUUAAAUGACACUAAUAUGGUGAUAAGAUAAUAUAUGUGUAAAAGUAUAAUGGAAUACCAAAUUGACUAUGUUAUUGUUGUUUAAUAUGUCGCCAAAGCUCGGGGCACAUGUGGAAAUAAGAUUUCUUUUAAAUGUAUAUAGAAUAUAUUUAAUUAAAUUUGUUUAUACACUGAACUCUCCAAGUAAGGAAUGCAAGCGCGAGCGAUAACACGAUAUUGACAAUUCAGCUUCCGCGUUUUACAACGUUUUUAACGAGUUUAAGCGUUUUUUUAAAAGCAGCGUGGAAUAACAUUAAUAUUCAGUUUAUAUAUUGUGAUGAUGACAAAAUAUGUAUAGUGAAUAUAAUGUAUUAGAUAAGGAGUAAAAUAUUUAAAUCAGCGCGGUAUUUGUACCUGUUAAUUAUUAUAAUAAACGAAUUGUAAAAUAGUUUUAUCUAUAGUUGCAUUAAACGUAUUCAUAUCAAAACAGGAACUCUUCUUAGGAGGGAUUAUUAUUAUAGGUAUUCAUUUACAACUGUAUGAUAUCAUAAUUCAAAUAUGAAUUUAAAUAUCUACUAGUUUACAAAAUAAACAAAUUAUGAAAUUUUAUGUAAGAACAAUACAAUGAUCGAUUUUUACUUUAUAUUUGCGCAGCUUAAAGUAAAGAUCUUUUUAACACAAAAAUAUGUUCCAUAAGAUGACAGAAUUCGUAAAUUAGAGAAUUCAAUAGUAAUUUAAAGAAAAAUCUUUGCCUUUAGAUAUGCUGUAUUAUAUUGUAAGCAGCGUUUAUAGUCAUCUUAGUUUAUGAAGUCUUAUAUUAUUUUGCCUGGGAAUUUCCACAUUAAGUUUUCUGUGAUACAAUUGACUUGCUUGUAGACUUUGCUAAAUAUUUAUUUAGUAUAAUUAUUAUUUAGGGCUCAAUUAGUGCUUUCAUUAGGUUCAAAAUAGUCAGUCAUCUUUUUUUAAUAAUUAUUACAUAAGUUAUAAAUACCUAUUAAAAUUUUAUAUUAGAUAUUAUUUCGAUCGCGCACAUACGUACCAGUAUUUGUAACCGUACGUACCAUGAGUAGCAAUUUGAUCGUUUUAUGUAUCGAGCCUCGAAGUCUCCAAUAAGUGAAGGAAUGUUCAUACAAAAAAUAUUUAUUACAUUUAAAUCUUAACAGUAGCUCCGAGUGACCAGUAGUGCAGAUAAUGCGCGCUCAUUCGCACCACGCCCCAUUUAGUAAGGGGAGCUUCGGCACCUAGUUACUUAACAUAUUACCUGAUUAAUCAGUCUAAACAACCAAUUUGUAUAACCAGAAUUGAGCUGUAUUAUAUAGGUAUUAUUUGUUCUACUCUAGCGUGUUGAAUAAAAGAUUGAAACUGCUUUACGAAUUAGCUAUACAUUUAAAAAAUUUUAAAUCGAACCAGUAACGAAAGAAUGAUAUUUUUAGUUUACAGUUCAGUCUAGUCAACGUUUGAUUGUUCUAGAUUUAUUAUAAUAUUUAAAUACAGAUCUUUCAAGAACAUUUUAAACUGUUUCGAUGACGAAACGUUGUAAAUAACAUGUGCAUAUCAGUCAAUUGUCUGUUCUGUGUCGUGGGUCAUUUGUAUUAUGGUGUUGUUGUUAAUGUUGUGUUCCAUAUUAGUUUAUUUAGGCCAUAUAUAAUCAUUAUUAUUGAAGUAAAUGUUUUGAGCAUG